CUAUGAUUUCGGAAACAACAAGGAAUGGAGCCACUCGUUCCUAUUCAACCUCCUUUUUCAUUUCACUAAUCACGCCUUCUCCUGGUCUUCCUUAUUGGUUAUUUCUAACUAUCUCCGAUUGAUCACCUGCGAAUUCUGCUCCUUCAUGUUGCUACCAAACCAUGAAGUUCUGCAAAACCUAUCAGCAAUACAUGCAGGGCCAGGGCCACAAGCUCCCUGCCGUUGGCUUCAAAAACCUCAAAAAGAUCAUGAAAAGGUGCAGGAGAUCCACCAAUCCUCUUAAUCAACCCACUUGCCCUAAUCAAUGCCCAGUGUGCGAUGGGACCUUUUUCCCUUCCCUUCUCAACGAAAUGUCAGAUAUAGUAGGGUGCUUUAACCAGCGCGCCCAGGAAUUGAUGGAACAACAUCUUGCUUCUGGCUUCAGAAAGUACUUUCUCAUGUUGAAAGCGAAAUUGAAGGGGGAUCAUCCUGGUCUAAUCGAAGAAGGCAGAGAUCUAGUCGUAUAUGCACUCAUAAAUGCCAUUGCAAUUCGAAAAAUAUUAAAGAAAUAUGACAAGAUUCAUUAUUCCAAGCAAGGCCAAUUAUUCAAGUCCAAAGUUCAGACCAUGCACAAGGAAAUUCUUCAGAGUCCCUGGCUUAUUGAGCUUAUUGCCUUUCACAUCAACUUAAGGGAAACCAAAGCCAACUCAAGGGUGCCACCUGCGCUGUUCCAAGGUUGUUAUCUCACAUUCAGGGAUGGAAAACCAUCACUUACUUGUCAGCUCUUUGAUUCCAUCAAAAUUGAUAUUGACUUAACUUGCUCUGUAUGCCUGGAUACAGUGUUUGAUCCAGUUUCUCUCACUUGCGGUCACAUAUUCUGUUAUACAUGUGCUUGCUCAGUUGCAUCAGUUACUAUUGUUGAUGGACUUAAGGCAGCGAAUCCUAAAGAAAAAUGUCCUCUAUGCCGAAUGGGAAGAGUUUACGAAGAUGCUGUGCACUUGGAAGAAUUAAAUAUUCUGCUAGGACGAAGCUGCGGGGAGUACUGGGAGGAAAGGCUUCAGAUGGAGAGGUUAGAGAGGGUUAAGCAAGUGAAGGAGCACUGGGAAACACAGUGUAGGGCGUUCAUGGGCAUCUAAAACUAAAUAUACACACCCAAUUUCUCUUCUAUCUCCAUGACUUGUCACAUAUCGCAUUUUCUUUUUCUAUAUUCCUUCCCACCCGAUACACCUCAUUCAGGAGUGUAUGGUAAUUUUCUGUUGAUACGUCGUUGCUAGGGGUGGGCAAAAAAAACUAAACUGAACUGAACUGAACUGAACUGGUGGUGAACUGUACUA